CUCCCCGCCCCGCCCGCCGCGGCGCGCACUCGGUCCCCGGGAUCGCUAGCUCCGAGCCACUGGCGGAGCCGGCCGAGCCAUGGGCUGCGACGGCCGCGUGUCGGGGCUGCUGCGCCGCAACCUGCAGCCCACGCUCACCUACUGGAGCGCCUUCUUCAGCUUCGGCCUGUGCCUCGCCUUCCUGGGGCCCACGCUGCUGGACCUGCGCUGCCAGACGCACAGCUCGCUGCCCCAGAUCUCCUGGGUCUUCUUCUCGCAGCAGCUCUGCCUCCUACUGGGCAGCGCCCUCGGGGGCGUCUUCAAGAGGACCCUAGCUCAGUCCCUGUGGGCGCUGUUCACUUCCACGCUGGUCAUCUCCCUGGUGUUUGCUGUCAUCCCCUUGUGCCAUGAUGUGAAGGUGCUGGCCUUGGUCAUGGCGCUGGCCGGUCUGGCCAUGGGCUGCAUUGACACUGUGGCCAACAUGCAGCUGGUGAGGAUGUACCAGAAGGAUUCAGCCAUCUUCCUCCAGGUACUGCAUUUCUUCGUGGGCUUUGGCGCUCUGCUGAGCCCCCUCAUCGCCGACCCUUUCCUGUCCGAGUCCAGCUGCCUGCCCGCCAAUGCCACAGUUAACGCCACCUCCAGGAGCCACCUGUUCCACGCCUCCAGGGUCCUGGGCCAGCAUCAUGUGGCCGUCACUGCCGCUGCUGGGACCCAGCUGCGGCCCAACCAGACGCUCCCGGGGCUGACCCCAAAGGAUGGGGCAGGCACUCGCGUGUCCUAUGCCUUCUGGAUCAUGGCUCUCAUCAAUCUUCCGGUGCCCAUGGCAGUGCUGCUCCUGCUCUCCAAGGAGCGGCUGCUGACCUGCUGCCCCCAGAGGAGGCCCCUGCUCUUACGUGCCGACGAGCUUGCCCUGGAGACGCAGCCCCCUGAGAAGGACGAUGCCUCUUCCCUGCCCCCCAAGUUCCAGCCACACUCAGGGCACGAGGGCCUGUUCAGCUGCUGCCAGCGGAAGAAUUGCCAAGGAGCCCCCAACUCCUUCUUCGCCAUCCACAUCACAGCUGCUCUGGUCCUGUUCAUGACGGACGGGAUGACGGGAGAAUAUUCUGCCUUUGUGUACAGCUAUGCGGUGGAGAAGCCGCUGUCGGUGGGUCACAAGGUGGCAGGCUACCUCCCCAGUCUCUUCUGGGGCUUCAUCACACUGGGCCGACUCAUCUCCAUCCCUGUCUCCUCACGAAUGAAGCCAGCCACCAUGGUGUUCAUCAAUGUGGUCGGAGUGUUGGUGACAUUCCUGUUUCUGCUGAUUUGCUCCUACGAUGUCCUCUUUCUGUUCCUGGGUACCGCGAGCCUGGGCCUGUUCCUCAGUAGCACCUUCCCUAGUAUGUUGGCUUACACGGAGGACAUCCUACAAUACACCGGUUGUGCCACCACCGUGCUGGUGACCGGGGCAGGAAUCGGCGAGAUGGUCCUGCAGAUGCUGGUGGGCUCGAUAUUCCAGGCCCAGGGCAGCUACAGCUUCCUGCUGUGUGGCGUGAUCUUUGGCUGCCUGGCUUUCACCUUCUACAUCUUGCUGCUGUUUUUCCACAGGAUACACCCUGGACUCUCAUCAGACUCCACCCAAAACAAACCACUGGACGUGGAAAACUCAGAGUGCUACCAGAGGUAAACAAGCACGUGGGGGCGACGAGCAAAGCCCUCCAGCCAGCUUCAGGCGCCCGUGUGAGCCGGAUCAUUGCAAAGCUGAGGGUUGCAGUGGAGGCAACCUUUUGAUGCCUUUGUCUCUCCACUCACCUGGUUCGUUGAAGAAAUUCCAUGGAGUACUGAUGCCCAAAUCUCGCCCUGGCACAUUAGCAGACUUCUACCUGGCUGUUCCCAUCCCCUUCCCUUGCCUGGUUUGGGGACGCGCCCUGGUAGGAACCACCCAGGAACCCCCAUGGGAAGGUAGGAGCCAGCCUGCACUUUCAUUUUCCACCUCACGCAUGGACCACCCCUGGGUUGGUGAGGCUGAGAAACCAGGUUGAAGUUAUAAUGCUCGGUGAUCAGUGCUCAUAUAGAUGUGUUUCAAAGGACCCCAGGCCAACCCUGAGUUUCUCCCUGGCAUGCGCACGGCGUUUCUGUGCUCUUAGGGCCCAGGCCAGAAUCUGUCCUUCCCAGAGCUUAAAAUGCCCAUUGCAAGAUUGAUUCUUGCUCUUUGGGGCCCUGAUUCAGUGGUAUGCUGGGCCAGCUCACACCAGCUUGAAGAAGCUGCCUGAUAAAAUUGAGGGCUGGUUGUUAAAACAUCAGCCGUUAUGAAAUUUUUAUGGACUUCAAUUAUGAAAAGCUGAGGUAAUAAACACUCAGGACUCCCCA